AUGAAUGCAAUCCGCGCAACCCAAGCGCUCAACAAGCGCGAACUCGAAAACGCCACGCCCACCAGCGCCUCAUGGCACGUCGACUAUCGGGACACAGCAUACAUCUACGUGGGCGGGCUGCACCUCGAUUUGACCGAAGGCGACGUGGCGAUAAUCUUCUCACAGUUCGGCAACCCGACACAUCUGAAUCUAAUCCGCGACAAGGAGACGGGCAAGAGCAAGGGGUUCGCGUUCGUGAAGUACGAGGACCAGCGGAGCUGCGACCUCGCGGUGGAUAAUUUGGGGGGCGCGGAGGUGCUGGGGAGGGUCCUCAGGGUGGAUCAUACCAGGUAUAAGAAGCGGGAUGAUGAGGACGAGGAGACAUGGAGGUUGGAACGGCUAGAGAAGGAGCAGGAGCGGGUGGAGGGUGGCCCGGAGAAGGGGAGUGAUAGUGGUGGUGGGAGCAGUGAGGAGGGACGAGGAAGCGGAGAUGGAGAGAGGGGAACGAAACGGCGGAGGAUAAGACGGGAACAGGAACGGGUCCCGUUGAAGGAGGAACUGCAACUGCAGGAGAUGCUCGCCAUUACGCAGGAGGGCGAGGAGGAAGAUCCCAUGCGGGAGUACCUGAUCAAGGAGAAGAGAGAAGAGGUUGAACGAGCGAAAGAGCGGGAGCGGAGGAAGACCGAGAAGCAUCGAGAGUAUAAGCACAAGCAUGAGCAUCAUCACCGGCGGCGCGGGAAGGAUGGGGGCGACGAUAGCGAGGAAGGCGCUGGCGUCGGAGGGGAACGAAGCCGUACGCAUCGACAUCGAGACAGGAAUAGGAAUAGGCACAAUGGCGAUAACCGAAAGGAAGACGGGGAUGGCCAAACUGCUGAAGAGCACGGUAGGUGGAGGAAGGACAGAGAUGACCAUCCUGACAGGAGAAAGGAUACACGAGAUCAAAGAGCCAGAUACUACGACGAUGACAGUAGGGAGCGCACGUCGUCAAGGCCACAUCGCUCACGCCGCGACGGUGAUUUUGAUUGA